CUUCGACAUUCAACUAAGCCCGUUACCUCCACCCAAGUGCACUUCCAAGUUAGUUUAGUCACUUCCUUCCUCAAAUCCAAAAAUUAAAACUCUCUCGUUUCAAUCCCCAGUCACUAUGAAGCUCACUCUUCCUCAUCGACCUCUCUCAAAUUCCACCAUCCAUUACAUAAAACAAAGAAACCUCUCUACCUCCAAAUUCACCUCCCAAGACAAUGACGAAAAUGACUCCCACUUUGUUUCGAUCCUCGGAGACAUCGUACGAGGAAACCGGAGCUGGAAAAUCGCACUCAACAACACCUACAUUUCGAGCACUUUGGGGCCCCACCACGUCGAGAAGGUUCUGAUCCAAACCAUGGAUGACUCCAGGUUAGCUUUGAGGUUCUUCAAUUUCUUGGGCUUGCACCACAAUUUUCACCACACCACGACUUCGUUUUGCAUUUUGGUCCACUCCCUGGUCCAGUCCAAUCUCUUUUGGCCAGCUUCUUCGCUUUUGCAAACGCUUUCUCUUCGUGGGUUGGACCCAAAAGAGGUUUUUGAACAUUUUCUAAAUUGUUAUGUGGAAUUUAAAUUCUCUUCUAGUUUGGGUUUUGAUUUGUUGAUUCAGAAUUAUGUGCAAAAUAAGAGAUUAUUGGAUGCUGUCGUGGUCGUAAAGCUAAUGAAAGAGAAUAAUUUGUUGCCUGAAGUUAGAACUUUGAGUGCCCUUUUAAAUGGGCUAGUGAGAAUUAGGCAAUUCAAUACGGUUUUGGAGUUGUUCAAUCUGUUUGUGAAUGUGGGUCUUCAGCCCGAUGUUUAUAUAUACACUGUGGUGGUUAGGAGUUUGUGUGAAUUGAAAGAUUUUGUUAGGGCUGAGGAAAUGAUUCGGCAGGCAGAGUUGAAUGGAUGCAAUUUGAGUGUUGUGAUGUAUAAUGUGUUGAUUCAUGGGCUCUGCAAGAGCCAAAGAGCUUGGGAGGCUGUUGAGAUUAAGAAUUUGUUGAGAGGAAAAGGAUUGAAAGCGGAUGUGGUCACAUAUUGUACAUUAGUACUUGGUUUGUGCAGAGUGCAGGAGUUUGAGGCUGGGGUGGAGCUGAUGAAUGAAAUGAUUGAGUUGGGGUUUGUGCCAAGUGAAGCUGCUCUUUCGGGAGUUGUGGAGGGGUUGCGGAGGAAGAGGAAGAUUGAAGAUGCUUAUGACAUUGUAAAUAGGGUGGGGAGAAUUGGAGUGGUGCCUAAUUUGUUUGUUUAUAACGCCUUAAUCAAUUCUUUGUGCAAAGAAGAGAAAUUGGAUGAAGCAGAGUUACUUUUUAAUAACAUGGGUGAGAAUGGUUUGUUCCCAAAUGAUGUCACUUAUUCUAUUUUAAUUGAUUCCUUCUGCAGAAGAGGAAAAUUGGAUGUUGCAUAUUGUUACUUAGGUAAGAUGUCAGAGGCCGGUGUAAGAGGUACUGUGUAUUCUUACAAUUCUUUGAUUAGUGGGGAAUGCAAGUUUGGGAAAUUGGAUGAAGCAGAGUUUCUUUUUGGUGAGAUGAUUGUUAAAGGAGUGGUGCCAACGGUUGCAACCUAUACAUCACUAAUAAGUGGAUACUGCAGAGAAGGGGAAUUGCACAAGGCAUUUAGGUUGUAUCAUGAGAUGACUGGGAAGGGCAUUGCACCUAAUACUUACACCUUAACUGCACUUAUUUCUGGUUUCUGUCGUACAAAUAUGAUGACUGAAGCGGGUAAUUUGUUUGAUGAAAUGGUUGAGCGUAACAUUAUGCCAAAUGAGGUGACUUAUAAUGUUCUGAUAGAGGGUCACUGUAUGAAUGGUAACACAGUAAUAGCCUUUGAAUUGCUUGAUGAAAUGGUUGAGAAGGGUCUUGAACCAGAUACAUACACAUUUAGGCCCCUAAUUAGUGGUCUUUGUUCUUUAGGUAGAGUUUCUGAAGCCAAAGAAUUCGUGGAUGAACUUCACAAAAAGAAUCAUAAGUUAAACGUGAUAUGUUAUGGGGCACUUUUACAUGGUUACUGCAAGGAGGGAAGGUUAAAGGAUGCAUUGGUUACUUGUCGUCAGAUGGUUGAGAGAGGAGUAGACAUGGAUCUUGUGUGUUAUACAGUACUCAUUUGCGGAACUCUAAAGCAGCAUGAUACAAGAAAAUUAUUUGGUCUCUUGAAGGAGAUGCAUGAUUACGGACUAAAGCCUGAUGAAGUACUAUAUACAAGUAUGAUAGAUGCAUAUGGCAAAGCUGGAAACCUUAAGGAGGCUUUUGGGUUUUGGGAUUUGAUGGUUUCUGAGGGAUGCUUUCCCAAUGUGGUGACAUAUACUGCCUUGAUAAAUGGUUUAUGUAAGGCAGGAAAUAUGGAUAAGGCAGAGUUUCUUUUGAAGGAAAUGCUGAUUGGUAAUGCCCUUCCCAAUCAGCUCACAUAUGGUUGUUUCCUUGACCACCUUACAAAGGAAGGAAAUAUGGAGGAAGCUAUACAGCUGCACAAUGCAAUGCUUAAAGGGUUUCUAGCCAACACUGUCACAUAUAAUAUACUAAUCCGUGGUUUCUGCAAAUUGGGUAAGAUUCAGGACGCCACUGAGCUCCUUGUUGGAAUGACUGACAAUGGUAUUUUUCCUGAUUGCAUUACCUAUUCAACAUUUAUCUAUGAGUACUGUAGAAGGGGUAAUUUACAGGAAGCUAUUAAGUUGUGGAACACCAUGCUAAACAAAGGUCUUAAGCCAGAUACAUUAGCAUAUAAUUUUAUGAUAUAUGGUUGCUGUGUUACUGGAGAACUCACCAAGGCAUUUGAAUUGCGUGAUGACAUGAUAAGAAGAGGGGUGAUGCCAAAUCGGGUCACAUAUAACACUCUUAUUCAUGGAACUUGCUUAAAAAGUUCAGUUCUUUCGACAUAGUCAUGCUCAAGAAUAAUAUCUGUUACGUGCAUUGUUGAAGUUGAUUGACAGUCUCUGUGACAUAAUACCAGAGCUCUUUUAUUUACCAUAGAAGAACCAUGAGCUUUGACCUUGGGCUCAUGUAACUAGAUCUAACUACCUGCAUUGCUAGAAAUAGAUGACUAAAUUCUUUCUGUACGUAAUUACGCUUAUAAACUUGGAGGUGAACGAUAGAU